UUCCAUGGCAUGCUGUGUUUGGACAGUACGACGUGGAAUGUGCUGCAUGCAAGUGGCUGGGCUUCGGCUCGCUGCGUUGGCCCUUGGUCAGAGGUCAGUCCCGGCCCUGCUGGAGUCCCGUCUGUGUGUUUGGGCACACAGAACAAUUGUGUAGGAAGUCACCUAGGGAGAUGCCAGGAGGAAGUGCCGCGGGCAGUGUGAGGGCGGCGGGGCCAAGUGGGUGCCAGGUGACGGGCUGUGUUGGAGGUGCGAGCAGUGUGUGUGUGGUGAGCAGGGGCCACGCUGUGGCACAGAGACAGAUACGUGCAUCUCAUAAGUGGGAAAGGAAAAUAAAGUAACCUCCUGCCGACAGAUUGUCAUGAAACUCAAUUUUAAAGAAUGUUUCAAUCAGAAGGAAAAUUAAGAAGCCCAUCUGGCACCCACUGUAGUCAGGCACAGCUAGCAGCGUGUAUGUCAUUUGGCCAAAUGAGGCCUCAGACAUCCCAGCUGGUGGAGCUCCAUGUUUUUUUUGUCCCAGAGGAAGUGUGGAACUUCAAGCUGAAUACAGUUUCUGUGGCUCUUGCCAGCAAAUUCAUCUCAGCUGGGUUUAUAAGGGUGUCUCCUCACACUACAUUAAGAAUGCUACGGGAGAAGCUUGGAGAGUACCUGGGUGGAGUUGCAGUUGCAGACAAAUUCCAAUUUUUAAAAUGCAUUGGGAAAAAGCUUGCAGUGGUGAAAGCAAAGCAAGAAGCAGAGCUGAAACUGAAGUCAUUUGCUCCCCCUUAUGCACUGUAUCCUGAAUUAUAUUUAUUACCUCAAGUGGACUAUUUUGAAGAUGUUUAUCCAUUAUCAUCAUCAACACAACAAAGACAUCACUUUAAUGCAGAAACUAAUAGGUAUGGUCAUGGAUCAAGACUUCCUAACCUUCCCCAACAGAAAACUGAAAGCAAACAAUUUUUAGAAGGCAUACAGAGCAGUCAUCAGCUAGAAAAUCAGAAAGUGUACAGUCCUGCAGGAGGGUCUGAGAAGGAAUCUCUUCCUGUAUUGCAUAUGAGUCAUGAGCAAGACCACAACACGAUUACAGAAACACAGGCACAGUUCAGAGUGAAAGAACAAAUUGGAUCCAAGGGAUCUCUCUUCACAGCAAGUCUUUUAAAUCCUGUAGAUAAAGGGACUGGAAAAAGCUGUAUAGGACAAAAGAACUCCCAGCACAGCCAUCUCAGCCAGGAUCCAAAAGAGCCUCCUGCUCCUAAGUGGAAUGACAAAGCCAAAGGAACUGCUCUUCAUGUAAACCACAGUGAUAAACAAGACCAAAAUAACCAAACACAUCAAAAUCACAUGACAAAUCCAAAGGAACUGAACAGCAGGCUAAUUACAAACGUGGAAAAUAAUGAUCACCAAAAAGAUGGCAAACUAAGAGGAGACAGAACACAGCAUUCUGGAAUUCUUAGAACACUGGAAGACCAAACCACAGAAUACAUACACAAAAACCAAAGGUUGCUGCCAUACAGAACUAGCAAGUCUGUAACAGUUCUUGGUGAAAACCUGGAUGGUGAGGCAAAUGACAACAAGCAAAAUGAUCCUACUUGUCCAAAAGAAUAUGCUUCUCCUCCUAGUCUACCUCUUCUGGCAAUUUCUGUAAGCCCAGCUCAAGUUCCAACAGUUCAGGCAGAAAAAAACAAGAUGGUAGAACAAUUGGAACAAAUGAAGAAGGACAGAAGGCUCAUGGAAAAAAACAGAGAAGAGCUGGUCAAAAAAGUGAAAACACUACUGGAACAAAAUAAACUGAAGAGAUAUCAUGAUCGUGAAGAAUGGAAGAAGAAAUACUUUGAGGCUAAGAAAGCUACUGUUUCACUGGAGGAUGUUUUAAGCAAACUGAGACAAGAUUUAGAGCUUUGCCACCAGAAAUUACUCUUGCAAUUAGAAGCCAGAUAUUGCCGAAAACAACCAAACAAUGCAACAAACGUGAAAAAUAACAGAAUCAUCCAGAUUACUACAGUGCAGCAUGAACUUGAUCAACUGAAAAGGAAGCUGGAUGAUACAAAAAUGAAACUCGUAAUAGAAAUUAAGAUGAGAAAGCAGGCAAUAGCAGAUUUACGAGCACUGAGAGCAGAACUGACACAGAAGAAGAUUCAUUCAGCUUUAAUUCUCCAGUCUGGGAAAUCUGGAAUUUAAGAGCAUGACUCAACAGUAAUGUAUACGGAAGCUCAGAACAUCUGUGUUGCUUUUCGUACACUCUUAAAUUUCUCUUGUAAAAAGGCAUCAGCAAUGCAAGUGAUGUGGAAUUUGUACACUAGCCUACUAAAGUACUGCAACUCACUUCUUUUUCAGUCUCAUUACUGAAAGGUUUAUCAGCUACAUGAAUCUACAUUUUUAACCUAGUCAUGUGUCUAAAACAAAACUAUUUUUAAAAUGUAAACCGGUGAAUCAUGUGACGUCACAUCAGUAUGCUGAUGAUCCUUCAUACCUACUAAGCAAAUAAACCUAAAAUCUAAAGUCUUCUGUUCAGAUUUUGGGGCACACAUUUAAUUUUUUGAUACAUGAUUAGCAUACAUCUUACACAGAAGCAGAGCAGAAGUAAUCUUU